AUGGAAGAUGGCGAAACAAGAAGACUUCCUAUUCUAUCUGAACGAUCUUUGAAAGGAUAUAUCAAAUACCAGCUGCCGACACCAACCCUAUUUACCGAAGUAACAAGUUCCAUUCUGUUUACCACAAGUCCGGCUUUUGUGAUUUGCUACUGGAUUGCUUAUCAUUACUUUGAUACCUCAAUAACUGCUGCAGCUAGAGCCGCCUUCUCAGAGGGGCUUUUCCGGUUCUUUGCCUCUCGCUUUCCUGAUUCAAGCCAAGAAACUAUUUUAGGCUAUGCUAUCUGGCUUGCUCUUCAGACAAUCCUCUAUGUUCACUUGCCUGGACGAACAGCCCUUAGCCCCUUAACACCGACUAGUAGAAGGCUAAGAUACAAGCUAAACAGCUUAGCAGUAUGGAGCGCAACCGUCACUUUAUGGACUGUUGGGACUGCCUCGGGAAUCAUUGGUCCUGCAUGCAUCGCUGGGAGCAGAGGGUUUCUUUGGUACGAUAUCUUUGAAGGAGGUGAGCUUCACCCUCGCAUCGGGAAAAUGUGGGAUUGGACACAUUUUUUCUGUACCCGGAUAGGUGGAAUUCUCGCUUGGACCCUGCACCAGACUUACGGAUAUUUGACGAACAUCAUGGUGACAGCCGUCGUCUUACGCGGGUGGGUUGUGGUGGACUUCUUUGUCAACGAGGAGCGGGUUUCUCAAAUUCUUGACGAGAUGUACGGGUCCUUCGGCUUUUACAAUAUCUACGGGUUCUCAGCAAUGAUGCUCGUGCUUUGGUUGUUACAAGCACAAUAUUUAGCCAAGCAUCCAAAUGAGCUUUCCCACUUGACCUUCACGGGUGCCAUAUUAAUCCAUGUCAUUGGCUGGUUUAUUCGCUUCUCUGAAGACAACCAGAAAGUCAAGUUCCGUCGGGCAGGAGUUCAAUAUUCAACUUGGAGCAAAAAGGCAGAAACAAUCAGAGCCAGUCUUUACUUUUUAUGCUCAGGGUGGUGGGGAUUAGCUCGCCACACGAACUGUAUAGGGAGCACGCUGUACGCUUUAGGGUCUCUAUGCUCCCUGCGGUUGCGGAGGAAUCUUCGCAUUCAUCAAUGUUAUCGUGACGACGAAAAGUGUGCUGUGAAUUAUGGGAAAGACUGGGAGAUGUACCGUCGUCGGGUCCGAUGGAGGAUGAUCCCUGGCGUCUUCUGA